GAACAGCGACGAGAACGGUUAUGAGAAAACAUUUUUUAAAGCUUGAUAUUGAGAAAAAAUAAAUAAAACCAGGAUAAAACGUCCUUAUCAGAUUUCAUAACUCGUCGCUAACGCUAAGCAAGUUUCGCUAUAAGGGUUGCUAUGGUGAUGUGAACGGCUUCUCAACGAUCCAACAAGAAGCUGCGCGUGAGUAUGAGCUGCAGCCAAUCACACUGCAGGAGGCGGGGUUUGUUUGCCGGUAGAAGAAAUGACGCCACGCAGAACGUCACGAGGGCGUAAAGCGCUUUAAAAACGCACCUGCCGGUUCACGCGCUUCAGUGCGAGCAAGACAGAGGUUUAAGAUGCUGUUUUAAGUAAGAAGAAGAAGAAGAAAAAGAAAAAGAAGACGAAGAAGAAACGACUUCUCUAGCAGUGUUUUAAAUAGGGCGGCUUAGAUAAUAAGGUAAUACAGUUUAGCUUUCUUUUUCGUUUUCUGUUAGAUAACAGGACUUGCCGAAAGCUCGAAUAGCUGCGUUUCUCUCUCGCUGAAAUUUCUACAAGAGAUGACAAGAGAACUAACACAGACUAGAAUCCAGAAGAUCUGGGUUCCAUCCAGGGAGGAGAAACCCACAGUGCCUCCUAAAUCUGGUGGAGGUCCUAAUCUGGCCAACUCCCCCUUGGUCAUAGUGAUGGUCGGUCUACCUGCCAGGGGCAAAACAUACAUGUCAAGGAAACUCACUCGCUACCUCAACUGGAUCGGCAUCCCUACCAAAGUCUUCAACGUUGGUGAGUAUCGCAGAGAGACAGUAAAGAACUACAGCUCAUAUGACUUCUUCAAAUCAGACAACAAAGAAGCAGUCAAAAUAAGAGAACAAUGUGCCUUAACUGCUCUCCAAGAUGUCAAGAUGUACCUCACUGAGCUGGGUGGUCAAGUUGCAGUUUUUGAUGCCACAAACACAACCAGAGAAAGAAGAGACAUGAUUCUGGAGUUUGGUGCAGAGAACAGCUUCAAGAUCUUCUUCAUUGAGUCUGUUUGUGAUGACCCAAACGUCAUUGCUACCAACAUCAUGGAAGUGAAGGUCUCCUGUCCUGACUACCAAGACUGCAACAAAACCGAUGCUGUGGAAGAUUUUCAGAAGAGGAUCGAGUGUUACAGAAUAAACUAUCAGCCUCUGGACCCUGAUGAUUAUGACAGGAACUUGUCCUUUAUCAAGGUGAUCGACGUUGGCCGCAGAUUCCUAGUAAACUGCAUUCAGGAUCACAUUCAGAGCCGCAUAGUCUAUUAUCUAAUGAACAUCCAUGUCCAACCACGCUCCAUCUACCUGUGUAGACAUGGUGAGAGUCAGCACAACCUGCAGGGCCGCCUGGGAGGAGACUCAGGCCUCUCUACUCGUGGUAGAAAGUUCGCUGGAGCUCUGGCCAAGUUUGUCGGGGAGCAGAAUCUUAAGAACCUGAAGGUAUGGACAAGCCAGCUAAGGAGAAGCAUUCAGACUGCUGAGGCGCUGAACGUGCCGUAUGAGCAGUGGAAAGCCCUGAACGAGAUCGAUGCAGGUGUGUGCGAAGAGAUGACAUAUGAAGAAAUGCGGGAGCGAUACCCUGAAGAGUUCGCUCUCAGAGAUCAGGACAAGUAUUAUUACCGCUACCCCUCUGGGGAGUCCUACCAGGACCUGGUGCAGCGGGUGGAGCCUGUUAUCAUGGAGCUCGAGAGGCAGGAGAACGUUCUAGUCGUCUGUCACCAAGCUGUCAUGCGCUGCCUCCUUGCCUACUUCCUAGACAAGAGUGCUGAUGAGAUGCCGUACCUGAAGUGUCCACUCCACACCAUAUUGAAGCUGACCCCAGUGGCCUAUGGAUGUAAAGUGGAGUCUAUCUCGUUAAACAUUGAAGCAGUAAACACACACCGGGAAAGACCUGAGGAGAUGAAGAGAAGUCAAGGCACUCUGAUUAGGAGGAACAGUGUGACUCCUCUGACGAGUCAUGAACCCACUAAGAAGCCUCGUAUCGAUAGCCUGGACGAUACAGCCAUCCGUGACCUCACUCCAGCACCAAUGAGCUUCUGUGCUAGUGCAAAUAACUCCCUUGCACUGUCCACACAGCACUGGCUUGGCCUAGCUUGUCUACGCACCAUAUUCCACUACCUGACAGUCAUGACUGUGUUGCUGUUUCAGAGGUAAUAUUGGUGCCUCUGGUGCUGAUUAGAAAAGCUGCCUGCUUUUAUUUCAGUGACUUGACAAUGAUUUCAGAUUGUAAUAUUUGCUGGGUGCUCAAAAUAUUAGGUCACCUGAGAGCAGAUACCCACAGCUUUUUACUGUUGCAACCUCAUAUGACCCUGGCCUUGGUAUAUUCUGUGCACUUGCCUCUCCCUUCAACCUACAAAUUAGAUUACACUGUAGGCUGAAGGGAGGGGCAAGUGCACAGAGUUUACCAAACAAUUAAAUCAUUUAUAACCUACACAGAAUCUUAAUGUUAAAGGGGUCAACAUUAGACUUGUUUUAAGGACACCCUAGCACAUAGAAAAACAUGGUUCCUGGAACGUGAGAACAUUGAUGCAAUGUACUGUACUGCUUUUUUUUUUCAGCAUUGUCACUUCUAUUAGUAUUAAUAUGCAUUCGCCAUCCACUUUAUCAGGAACACCUGUACACCUUCUCAUUCAUACAAUUAAUUAUCCAAUGGGGAGUCGAAUGACUUGGAAAAUUGGAAAAAGACCAGGCACUGAUUUUUCAAUCUGUCCAGUUUCAGUGAGCCUGUGCCCACUGUAGCCUCAGAUUCCUGUUCUUGGCUGACAGGGGUGGAACCCGCCAUGCUGUUGUAGUCUAUCUGCCUCAAUGUUGUGAUGUGUUUAUGCUGAGAUGCUUUUCUGCUCACCACGGUUGCAAAAGAGUGAUUAUUUGAGUUACUGUAGCUAUCCUAUCAGCUCAGACCAGUUUGGCCAUUCUGCUCUGACCUCUCUCAUCAACAAGGCAUUUCCACCCUCAGAGCUGCCACUCACUGAAUGUUUUUGUUUUCUGCACCAUUCUGUGUAAUCUCUGUACACUGUGCCUGAAAAUCCCAGAACAGCAGUUUCUGAAAUACUCAAACUAGCCGGUCCGGCAUUCAGAAUCAUGCCACGGUCAAAGUCACAGAGAUCAUAUUUUUCUAUUCUGAUAUUUGAUAUGAACAUUAGCUAAAGCUCUUGACCUGUAUCUGCAUGAUUUUAUGCAUUAUUCAGCUUCCACAUUAUUCUGCUUUCACAUAAUUGCAUGAAUGAGCAGGGGUACAGGUAUGUUACAACUGUUAUUAUUAGCUUAAUUUUUAUAUGGCCAUUUAUUGGUGUCUUUAUGGUAGCUGUGCUGUACCUCUGUGGUAUAUUAACACUAGAUGUAAGAAUAUUUUCCAAACCUGAUUGAGGGAUUAAGAUCAGGGCUAUAGCAAAGGCUUCUUAACUAGUUAUUUAUGUUAUUGUACUACGUCUUUCAUGAUUUGUUGUAAUUUUUUCAUAGAUUCAUAGAUUCUUCAUCAUCAUCAUUAUAAUUGUUAUUAUUAAUCAAAGUCAAACUGUUUGUUGUCCUUG